GACUAACUUCGGGAAUCGAUGCCCUGGGGUUGGGUUAAGAUCAGUACAAAAUUAUUAAUAAAAACAGUAAUAAAUAAUGAUGUGUUAAUCACCUGCAGGCAAACAAGUUGUAAUAAACUAACCUUAAACCGUAAAAACAUUUCCGACCAUUAUUAAACUUGGUUUUUCUUUUUCUAAGAAUUUAAACCAGUCUUGGCAACAUUGCUUAAAACUACCAACCCUAAAAUCGAAAAUUCAGUUGUUCUCUCAUUAGUAACUUAGGUAUUCUUUUCAUAUCGAGUGGAAUACCUUUCUGUUGCAGUUAAUUAAGGCAUGGAUGAGGACAAGCCGCUUGUUAAAAUUGAACCCAAACAAGAAGAAGAAAUAAGUGUAUCCUUCCAAACUAAAAUUAUAGUAAGCAAUGAUGUUUUGGCAAUUGUAAAAAAAGAAGAAGACAAUGAAAAUGCUGCGGACCAUUUUUACGACGAGCACAAUGGAGAAGAAGUGUAUUUGUCAAAGCUUACCUCUCAAACGGUACAGUUGAAAUGUAACCUUUGUCCUUACCUAGCACGUACGAAAUUAAAUUUUACACGACAUCUUUUAACGCAUAAGAAUAAGGAUUUUAAAUGUGAUAAGUGUGAUUAUGCCGCACAUUAUAAAAACUCCCUGAAACGACAUCUUUUAAUACAUCAAGUUUCUAAAGAUUUUAAAUGUGACCAUUGUUAUUACGCUUCAAAUUGUGAACGCUCUCUAAAAAGACAUCUUCAAACCCACAACGUCCUGAAAGAUUUUAAAUGUACAAAUUGUGAUUAUGCCACAAACUUUAAAAGUGAUCUUAAUCUACACCUCUUAAAACACAAAGAUUCUAAAGAUUUUAAAUGUGACAUUUGCCAUUAUGCCACUUACUUUAAACGUUCCUUGAAACGACAUCUCUUAACACACAACGCCUCGAAAGUGUUUAAGUGUGAAAGUUGUGAUUAUGUGACAAACUAUAAAAACGGUCUUAAACUACAUCUUCUAAAACACGUCGGUUCUAAAAGUUUCAAAUGUGGCAUUUGUGGUUAUGCCACCAAUUUUAAAUAUAAUCUGAAACAACAUAUUUUAACACAUCAAGUUUCUAAAGAUUUUAAAUGUGACUUUUGUGAUUAUGCCGCAAAUUUUAAAGGCUCUUUGAAACGACAUCUUUUAAUCCAUAAUGUGUCUAAAGAUUUUAAAUGUACAAAUUGUGAUUUUGCCACGCACUAUAUAAGCGUUUUUAAAAAGCACCUCGCAAAACAUAGAGUGGACAAUGGCAUAAGCUAUCAAAGCCAUUGGGGACAACAUUUUUUAACAAAGAAAGAUUUUAAAUGUGCCCAUUGUGAUUAUGCCACAAACUUUAAAAGCGAUCUUAGACAACAUCUCGUAAAACACAAAGGUUCCAAAAAUUUUAAAUGUGCAAAUUGCGAUUACGCCAGUUACCUUAAAACUUCCUUGAAACGACAUCUCUUAACGCACAAGGUCUCGCAAGAUUUUAAAUGCCCAAAUUGUGAUUAUGCCACAAUCCAUAAAAACGAGUUAAAAAAACAUCUCAAAAAAUAUAAAGUUUCCAAAGAUUAUAAAUGUGCUCAUUGUGAUUACGCCACAAACUUUAAAAGCGAUCUCAGAAUACAUUUCGUAAAACACCAAGGUUCCAAAAGUUUGAAAUGUGACUUUUGCGAGUAUGCCACCAACCGUAAACCUUCCUUGAAACGACAUCUCCUGACACACAAGGUCUCGAAAGAUUUUAAAUGUGGUCUUUGUGAUUAUGCCACAAACUUUAAGAGCAGAUUAAAGAAACAUUUCGCAACACACAACGAUAAGAAAGAUUAAGAUACCAAAGAACCGUAUUGUUUCUUGAAAUGUUAAUAUAAUGUCGAGAUAAACCGAUGAUUGAUGAUCAUCCCAACAAAUUUGAGGAAAACAAAUUAAUUUUAAGUAGAUAUUUUGUUCUUGUGUCGCUAAAAGCGUUUGUUGUAUAGGUACAUUGUAAUUAUCAACUACUACUGGGUCAGUAUUAAAAAUAAAUGUGUUUUUAUGUUA